AUGUUCCGGAAAACAGUCAUGUCGACAUCUGAUCCGGUGGUGCUCUUUGAUGUCGGAGUAGGUCAGGCCCAAGGAUCGAGAAAGUACCAGGAAGACCGAUGCACGAUCGUCCUGCCGGAUCAAUUCCCCGGCGAAACGAAGGACAAGAUAGCGUUUUUUGCGAUAUACGAUGGCCAUGGGUCUGCAUUGGUGUCGGAGCACGCCAGCAAGAGGUUGCACUAUCUGCUGGCUAAGCGACCUGAGUUUGAAAAGGGAGACUACGCCGCCGCUAUCAAAGCUGCGCUAGCAGACGAGGAUGCCCUGUUGCUGGAGAGUUUCAAGCAUGAUACGGCCGAGCCUGCAAUCUCCGGAUCCACUGCAGCGUUAUGCCUAGUGAACCUGACCCAGGGCGAGCUCGUUGUCUCUAACCUAGGCGAUUCGCACGUUAUCCUGGCGGAGAGAGAUCCCAAAACGAAUCGUCCCUAUCAUAUUUGCCGACUCACCGAAGCACACAAGCCAGAACUACCCAGUGAAAAGCAACGCAUUGAAGAAGCUGGGGGCCAGGUCUCUACGCUUAGCGGCACUGCUCGGCUCGUAGGAUCUCUGAAUAUGUCUCGCGCUCUAGGAGACUUGCAGUAUAAGAACCCUGUCAAUGAGGGCCAGGACCAAAGUUCCUGGCCUGGCGCAGCAAGGCGCGGUUCAUCAUCAUCCGCUCCUGUCGGGAAUUUCCUAUCCAACGAUCCAUUUACCUCGCGACGAACAUUGCAGGCGGACCGACGUUAUCUUUUAGUGAUUGUAUCGGACGGAGUCAGUGAUCAUACCGAAGACGUGGCCUUGAUUCAACACGUGAUGAAGUUGGCGAUGCGGGGGAAGCGGGCCAGUGAGAUUGCCAGUGAGGUGGCCACCAACAAUGCUCGAUUUAAGAAGAGUGAUAAUGCUUCAUGUGUUGUGGUCAUGUUGGACGGACAGAGAUCUUAG